GAAACCCCGCCCACGCUGUCUUGACUUUUCACUCUGCUGGUAAACUGAUCGCUGUAUGUUACAGUGCAUUUGUUUUUAAACGUCAUCAUGGAAGAGUCGCCUCCACCUUUGCGAUGCUUUCGUGAAUCACACUCAUCCGAACUAUUUAAUGAUGACGACGUGCAAACGGUGACCUCGAAAGAGCAGAGAAAAGUUGAACGCAGUAUUCAAGAGGCAUACAGUGUUUACCAGCAAAUUCACACCUCACCGCAGCCCGCUCUACUUAGGGAACAACACUAUCAUUAUCUGAAGAAAGGUUUACGCCAUCUCUCCGAUGCAUAUGAGUGUUUGGAUGCCAGCCGGCCUUGGCUCUGCUAUUGGAUCCUGCACAGUCUGGAGCUGCUAGAGGAACCUGUGCCGGCAGCAGUUUCCUCAGAUGUGUGCCAGUUCCUGGCCAGAUGUCAGAAUCCAACAGGUGGCUUCAGUGGAGGUCCAGGUCAGCAUGCUCACCUGGCACCCACUUAUGCAGCUGUCAAUGCCCUUUGCAUCCUGGGCACAGAGGAGGCCUACAACAUCAUCAACAGAGAGAAGCUCCUGGACUUCCUGUUCUCUGUGAAGCAGCCAGAUGGCUCCUUUGUGAUGCACGUGGGUGGGGAGGUGGAUGUCAGGAGUGCAUACUGUGCGGCUUCUGUGGCUUCACUUACAAAUAUUAUAACACCCACCCUGUUUGAUGGGACCCACAAUUGGAUUAUCAGCUGUCAGAACUGGGAGGGUGGAUUAGGUGGAGUACCAGGACUUGAGGCACAUGGUGGCUACACCUUCUGUGGCACUGCUGCCCUGGUCAUACUGGGCAAAGAACAUAUGCUGGAUCUCAAAGCCUUGUUACGCUGGGUGACCAGCAGACAAAUGCGUUUUGAAGGUGGAUUUCAGGGUCGGUGUAAUAAGCUGGUGGAUGGGUGUUACUCCUUCUGGCAAGCAGGGCUUUUACCAUUACUCCACAGGGCUCUUUUUAGAGAAGGAGAUUCAACUUUGAGUGUGAGUAGCUGGAUGUUUGAGAGAAAAGCCCUGCAGGAAUACAUCCUUCUCUGCUGCCAGAAUCCUGGUGGAGGCCUUCUGGACAAACCUGGCAAGUCUAGAGAUUUCUACCACACAUGCUACUGUUUGAGUGGACUCUCAAUAGCACAGCAUUUCGGAAACAAAGAUCUCCAUAAUGAGCUGAUCCUCGGUCGGGACGAAAACAGACUGGCACCAACUCAUCCAAUUUACAACAUCUGCCCUGAGAAGGUUGCCCAAGCAAUCGAACAUUUCCACCGGCUACCAUUCCCAGAUCAGACAGGAGCCACACCAAGUGCUAUGGACCAGUCAUAGACUUUAUAUUUUUUAUUUUUAAAGAUAUUUGAGGAAAUGAGCUAGCUUGAAUGCUGUAGCCAUAUGUUCUUUGGUGGCAUGUACUACAGAUGGGGAAUACACUCCAAGGGUCUGAUCUACUACAGUUUUAGCAUGGGAUUAUGAUUUCAGGCCAGGAAAAACAGUGGAGCCUGACUAGGCAAGGUGUUUUUCAUGCACCAGGCAUUGAUUGAAAUUUUAUUGCAAAUACCAAUGUAUUUUGGGCUUUGCUAAAUGUUUCCCAAAGUGCUUGUUACUGUAGGUUCUGGACAGAAAUAAAGACUCGGAAAGGA